AUGUCCACCGCCGCGGCGCCAGGCUCGGGCAAACCAGCCAUGAAUGCGAAAGGAGGCGCAAAAGCAGACGCAAAGAGGGACCUGAAGAUUCUCAUGCUCCAUGGCUAUACACAGUCCGGAACCCUCUUCCGCGCCAAAACAGGCGCCCUUUCCAAACUGCUUGUCAAGGCACUCUCCCCAGCGCCAUACUCCAUGACUCCCCAGCUCAUCUACCCGACGGGCCCGCACCGGCUGCGUCCCUCGGACAUCCCGGGGUUCACGCCGCCCGAGGGUAAGUCAUUGGAAGAUGUCGAGGGCGAGGCAACGGACAACUGGGCCUGGUUCCGGCGCGAUGAGGCCACGGGAGCGUACCGCGGCUUCGAGGAGGGCAUGGCGCGCAUCGCGGCCACGAUCGCCGAGAACGGGGGCGUGGACGGUGUCAUCGGGUUCAGUCAGGGCGGGGCGACAGCUGCGCUCGUAGCCGCAGCGCUGGAGCCGACGCGACCCUUGCCCGAGACCCCGGACAAGGAGCCGGACUCGUGGGCGGGCAAGCUGCGGGCUGCCAACGGGGGCAAGGGGCUCCGCUUUGCGGUCGUGUACUCUGGGUUCUACGCCCGCGACGACCGCCUGGCGUGGCUAUACGGCGGCGGGGGUGUCCAAACCCCGACGCUGCAUUUCAUCGGAGGGCUGGACACAGUGGUCGAGGAGGCGCGGAGCCGGGGCUUGGUCGAGCGUUGUGCCGAGGGGACGAGCCGGGUGGUAGUGCACCCGGGGGGUCAUUAUGUGCCGGUCAGUAAAGAAUGGACGGCAGCCUUGGUCAUGUGGUUGAGAGAGGUGUUGGGAGGGAAGACGAACGGGGAGGCAGAGGGCGAGAAAUUGUAG